AUGGUACGAGUAUUUUUUUUUAACUUUUCCAAUCCAAAUGCAAAAGGAUUGAGAAACAAGUCUUUUCCAUUCUACGAACAGUUAGCCAUUAUUUUUGGAAAAGAUAGAGCCAAUGGACUUAGUGUUGAAGGUCCAGCUGAUAUGUUUGAAGCGGUAGAUCGAGAAAUGGAUAACAAUGAUUUCUGGAGAGAAAUGGAUGAUUUUUAUGUGUCUCAUCCACCAAUAGUUGGAGGGAAAGAAGUGGAUGGACCUACCUUAAUGAGUGAAGCAGCAACAAAUGUAGCUGAACCAGAGUCUACAAGAGAAGCAUUGAAAGUUGAAGCCAAAGCCAAAGGCAUAAAGCCAAAAAAUAUGGAUUCAAAAGCAUGGUCUUUUACCAAACAAGUAGUAGCAGGACGAUGGUUUUCGGUAUUUGCCGGGUUGAUGAUGAUGCUUGGCAAUGGCUCUACUUAUAUCUAUGGAACAUAUUCAAAAGUAAUCAAGACCCAGUUUGAUUACAGCCAAACCCAAGUUAACAUAUUAGGAUUUGCCAAAGAUCUCGGUUCCAACGUCGGUAUUUUUGCCGGUCUUCUCGGCGAGGUGGCUCCGGCGUGGGUUCUCUUCUUAAUUGGUUCUUUCCUAAACUUCACUGGCUUCUUCAUGAUAUGGCUCGCCAUCACACACCGUAUCCCCCAACCAAAAUUCUGGCAAAUGUUCUGUCUCGUUUGUUUUGGUACUAAUUCUUCUAAUUUUGCCAAUACAGCCAUUAUGGUCUCUAGUGUCGGAAACUUCCCUGACCGUCGUGGUAUCAUUUUGGGCUUGCUUAAAGGGUUUGUUGGUAUUGGAGGUGCUGUUUAUACCCAAAUUUAUUUAGGCAUUUAUGGGCAUGAUGAUCCAGCUAAUCUUGUUCUUCUUUUCGCUUGGCUUCCCUCUACAGUAACCCUCCUUCUUUUCACCUCAAUUCGACCAAUCCGUAUCCGUAAACAUCCUGAAGAACUCAAAGUGUUUUACCAUUUACUUUACGUCUCUAUUAUUAUAGCUCUGUUCAUCCUGUUUUUAACCCUUGCACAAAAAGAAGUUGUUUUCUCUCGAAGUGGGUAUGGGAGUGGCGCAACCGUCAUCGUUGCUUUACUAUUCCUACCUCUUUUAAUCGCUUGUAGAGAAGAAUACCUACUGUAUAAACUCAACAGAGACGAUGACGCUUCUGUUACUCUGUCCAUUAAUGAGCAAAAGCAGCCUCCCCCCGUAACCACAACAGAGAUUUCGCAGUCAUGUUGCUCAGGAAUUUGGAACAAGCCCGAAAGAGGGGAAGAUUUCUCUAUAUUGCAAGCUAUCUUCAGUAUAGAUAUGGCUCUUAUUUAUUUAGCUACUUUUGCUGGAUCUGGAUCUUCUCUUGCAGCCAUUGAUAAUUUAGGCCAAGUUGGUGAAUCACUUGGCUACCCACCACGAGCUAUUAGCAUCUUUGUUUCUUGGGUUUCUAUAUUCAAUUUCUUCGGCCGUGUCUUCUCCGGUUUCGUCUCGGAAACCAUGAUGAUCAAAUACAAAUUACCUCGUCCUGUAAUGUUUGCUGUUGCUUUUCUCAUCACUUGCAUUGGUCAGCUUUUCAUCGCGUAUCCAACUCCGGGUUCGGUCUACCUCGCUUCCAUGAUUAUCGGGUUCGGGUUCGGGUUUCAAGUGCCAUUACUAUUCGCCAUAAUCUCUGAGCUUUUUGGGCUAAAACAUUACUCCACAUUGUUCAAUUUUGGGCAAUUGGUAGUCCCAUUGGGAUCUUAUUUACUAAACGUGGAUGUAACAGGGAGAUUGUAUGAUAAAGAAGCAUUACGUGAAGGGAAAAAGAUCACGGGAAAGGGGAUAACUUGCACUGGAGCUCAUUGCUUUAGUGGAUCUUUCACAAUUUUGGCUGGAGCGACAUUGUUUGGUGCUAUGACUAUGCUUGUGUUGGCUUAUAGGACUCGACAAUUCUACAGAGGAGAUGUAUAUAAGAAAUACAGAGAGGACAUAUGGAUUCCACAAACCGAAAUGGAGUUCUAUCACUUAGACAAGAAGAAAAUUGAGGACUAA